UCUCUCCUCCUCUCCCAGUGGCUGAAGGAAAGAUGUUUUUUAUCAGGCUGGUGGUUCUGCUGAGCCUCCUCUGGUUCUGUGAAGGUCAGGAGGAAACCGGACCGAGGUCCUGCGAUGACUUCACAGACCUGGACCUGUCCCACUGCUUCCUGGGAACCAGCCUCUACGUGCGGCUGCUGCUCUACACCCGCUCCAACCUGGACUGCGGACGCGAGAUAAACCACCACCACCUGUCCUCCCAGCCRCUCCUCGACCUCCGCCGKCCCACCGCCUUCGUCAUCCAUGGCUACCGGCCCACCGGGGCCCCGCCCAUCUGGAUCAACCACAUUGUGCACCUGCUGGCCGARCAGGAAGACAUGAACGUCAUCGUGGUGGACUGGAACAGAGGGGCGGCCAACCUCAACUACUUCACUGCCGUGACGUACACCAGAGAGGCGGCGCAUAACCUGACGGGCUUCAUCAGAGUCAUGCAGGAGGAAGGAGCUCCUCUGAGCUCCGUUCACCUGAUYGGGGUCAGCCUCGGAGCUCACCUGGCUGGAUUCGUCGGGGCGAACCUGAARGGGAAGAUUGGUCGCAUCACAGGUCUGGAUCCAGCCGGCCCCAUGUUCACCAGCGCCACUCCAGAGGGGAGGCUGGACCCCUCAGAUGCCAUGUUUGUGGACGUUCUCCACACCGACAUGAACUCAUUCGGACUCAGAGGAGCUCACGGUCACAUCGACUUCUACGCCAACGGUGGAGCCGACCAGCCAGGAUGUCCAAAAACCAUCUUUUCAGGUAAAUCUUACUUUGUUUGCGACCACCAGCGCUCGGUCUUCCUGUUCCUGUGCGCUCUGAACCGGACCUGCCAGCUCACCGGGUACCCCUGCUCUUCCUACAGCCGCUUCCUGGAUGGCCAGUGUCUGCAGUGUGAGGCCUUUAAACCUGCUUCCUGUCCCGUGCUCGGAUACAACGUCAGCCAGUGGAGGGACGCUCUGGUGCGACUCGGACAGACCAAAGUCUUCUUCAGCACCACGGCCUCCCUGCCCUACAGGAAGCUGGUCUACAGAGUGGACAUGGUGACGUGGAACCAGUACCUCCGCUGGGGGAUGGUCUACAUCCGCCUGCACAGCGGCAGGACCUUCACCGAGGCCCGGAUAGACCAUAAGCUCCUCCGGUUCGAGCAGUACACCUCCACCCGCAUGCUGGCUCAGUUUGACGAGGACCUGCUGCCGAUCCAGAAGAUCUCCAUGCGGAUCAGCACCGGGAACAUCAUCGGMCCUCGCUACAAAAUCCGGCUGCUGAGGAUUCGCUUCACGCCGUUGGAGCAUCCAGACCGGCCUCUGAUGUGUCGUUAUGACAUCAUCAUGGAGGAGAACAUGGAGGUGGCCUUCAGACCUCUGCCCUGUGGGUCUCAUCUCUGAUGAUCAGACCAUCACAACUCUUCUUCUACUGGAGGGGAAACACAUCUGACUAUUUAAAACCACAGAACCAGGCCUGUUCUGGAUCAAUCCAGGACUUCUGACUUCCAUGGACCACAACCACAUGGAGCUCCAGGGCCUCCUGUCUACUUGGACCACCAACAUAUGGAACUCCAGAUCCUCCUGUCUACAUAGAUCACCGCCAUAUGGAGCUCCAGAUCCUCCUGUCUCCAUGGACCAUCACCCUAUAGAGCUCUAGAGCCUCCUGUCUCCAUGGACCACCACCCUAUAGAGCUCUAGAGUCUCCUGUCUCCAUGGACCACCACCCUAUAGAGCUCUAGAGUCUCCUGUCUCCAUGGACCACCACCGUAUGGAGCUCUAGAGCCUCCUGUCUCCAUGGCCCAUCACCAUAUGGAGCUCCAGAUCCUCCUGUCUCCAUGGACCAUCACCCUGUAGAGCUCUAGAGUCUCCUGUCGCCAUGGACCACCACCCUAUAGAGCUCUAGAGCCUCCUGUCUCCAUGGACCACCACCCUAUAGAGCUCUAGAGCCUCCUGUCUCCAUGGACCACCACCCUAUAGAGCUCUAGAGUCUCCUGUCUCCAUGGACCAUCACCAUAUGGAGCUCCAGCUUCUCAACCAGGAAGUGAGAAAUUGAUGUGUUUUAAGACCAAGAAACAGAAUUUUUAAAUAGAACUUCUGCAGCUAAAAGCAGCUAAAGUUAAAAAACAACAACUUUAAAACCUCCAGAAAACUUUCAUCAACGCCACUCUAAUGAAGUCUUGAUGCUUUGAAGGAAAGGAAAUUUUAAAAAUGAGACUUGGCUCAAGACUUUUGCACUUUACUUUGUUUUAUUCAAAAUACAGACACAACUUUCCCAUCUAACCCUAUAACUGUAUAUUUAUUUUCUUAAACGUUAAGAAGCUGUGUGAGCCUUAACUUUAACAAYGAUGAUUCAUAUUAAACAUCUGUGCCUUUUAUCUGAAACCUUUCCUUUUCUGUCUCUGCUUCGUUAAAAUGUGGAUAAAACCAGAUGUUUCAGAGGAGGCUGCAGGGAUGUUUAAUGCUUUUGUGUUGAAAAGCUACACAUUUAUGUUUGUAAAGUUAAACAGAAGAAGAAAACACUGUGASUACAUGACUCAGCAGCUUUUUUCUUGUGCGCAGUUUGUGAAAAAUAUUGUUAAACUUCAGUUUUCUUACCGUUUUGUUUGUUUUUUCACUUUGUUUGAAAUAAAACGUUCAGUAAAUCACAAAAAUCAAAACUGUCAGCUUGCCUUGAGGUCAAACUAAAUUAAUUUAUAUAAAAAUAAAACAAUGUUUUGUAA